AUGGAGGUGCAGAAGGAGACUGACGAAUCUCGCAAGUCCAAGGAGGACGAGUUCAACACGUUCCAGUUCUCGCACAAUGGGAUGAACGAGCCCGCGCAAGUGAAGAUCGACGAGCAGACCUUGGUGCAGUUGCAGGCCGCUAUGACCCGCUACAACGCGCACAGGGACGAGAUCGUCAAGAAGUUGCUUGACUGUGUCGUUUUCGUAGAGCCUCGGCUUCACCGCCACCUUAGGAAAGAAGAGUGGAUGCUAUGA